CCAUGUCCGAUUCUGCGAUUAAUGUCAUUUUCAAAUGGUGUAAACAUAACCUCGCAGCUAAAAUAAAAUCUAAAUAUUCAAUUUUAAUAAUGUCUAACCCUCGAAACAACAAUCGCCCAUGGUUUACGAAAAAACAGCCACAAGUAAACCCAAAAUUAGUUAGUGCGGCCACCAAUUUUAAUUACGAGCCAAAACACGGUUAUUACGGAUUCAAACUAUAUUUUCCUGAAGAAGGGGAUUUACAAGUUGAAACACUGAUCAAAUGUGUUGUUCAAUUUGAACGUUUCAUUAACCGCCAUGAGACAUCAUUUUCCUUACCAGAUAUCGAAGCACAAAAAUCAUUCACUGUGGACUAUAAAUUUUUAAUUUCUGACGAAGACGAGCUAUGUACUGUGUGGCAAAAUUUUAAAUCUGAAAUUAUUAAUAAUACAGAGUUUUGUUUAAAUUGCAUGGGAUUGGCUAUGCAUCAGACUAUUGUAAAAGAUUAUGUGGAUAAAAGUAAACAUUCAGAAGAGGGUAAUACACAUAAAUCCUUAGGGAUAAUUAGAGCAAGACUUAUCAAUUAUGAACCUAUCCAACAAAUCAAAGAUAUCCGUGUAAAUAACUACAACAAAUUAGUGUCCCUCAGGGGUACAGUUAUUAAAGCAGCAAACAUAAAAAUAAUGUACCAAUACAUGGUAUUUUCUUGCAGUACUUGUACAGGAGUUCAAGUUUUUAAACAAGUGGAUAAUGUGUACACUGUGCCCAAUAAAUGCUUGACAAGUGGUUGCAGAGCUCAGUCAAAUUUCAAGCCCUUGUAUAAUUCACCCUACACAAGAACAAUUAGCUUCCAAUCUAUAAAAAUUCAAGAGUUAUUAGGGAGUGAUGAGUUUGAGACUGGACGUGUUCCUAGAACUUUAGAAUGUGAGUUUACUGAAGACCUAGUCAAUUCUUGUGUUCCUGGAGAUGACAUAACAAUAACAGGAGUAAUUAAGGUGCGCAACUGCAAUGAGUCGUCCAACAAAAAUAAACCAAACACCCUCUUCCUCUUGUACUUAGAAGUCAUCUCCAUCGUUAAUAAUAAAAAUCAAAGCGAAGGCAGUUAUGGGGCUUCUGAACGCAUCACUUUCAAUAUAACAGACUACUACGCAAUCCAAAAAAUCCAUGCUGAGCCCAACCUCUUUAGAUUUCUUGUCCACUCCCUAUGCCCCAACAUUUACGGGCACGAACUAGUCAAAGCUGGCCUCCUUCUCGCGCUUUUUGGGGGCACGAAAUCAGACAGACAACGUGCAGAGUCUCACGUUCUCAUGGUUGGCGACCCUGGUUUGGGAAAAUCGCAGAUGUUGCAUGCUUGCGUAAAUGUGGCCCCUAGGGGAGUCUACGUUUGCGGUAACACAAGCACUGGGUCUGGCUUGACUGUGACUAUGACUAGGGAAAGCGGGGGAGAGUAUGCUUUAGAAGCGGGGGCUUUGAUGCUAGCGGAUCAAGGGUGUUGUUGUAUUGAUGAGUUUGAUAAAAUGCCUACGCAACACGCGAGUCUUUUAGAAGCCAUGGAACAACAAACUAUUAGUAUAGCGAAAGCUGGGAUUGUCUGUACAUUACCAACUAGGGCUACGAUUUUGGCUGCUGCAAAUCCCACAGGGGGGCACUACAAUAAAGCGAAAACUAUUGCAGAAAAUUUGAAAAUUAGUUCUCCAAUGUUGUCUCGUUUUGAUCUGAUUUUUAUUCUUCUGGACCAGCCUAAUGAGGAGCUGGAUAUGAUGCUUUCAGAGCACGUUUUGGCUUUACAUUCUGGAAAAAGUGGAUCAAGCUAUGCUAUAAAUAAAACUUACUCUAGGAUAUCAAAUGCCUGUAAUAACAGCCUAAGAGGUCGCUUAAGUCUACAAAAUGACGACGAAAUCGACCACUUACCUCAUAGUCUGUUCAGGAAAUACAUAGCUUACGCUCAAAAAUAUGUUAAUCCGCAACUGUCAGAUGCAGCUAAGAAAGUAUUAAGGGAUUUUUAUUUCCAACUACGAAAACAAUAUCAAACUGGCGACUGUACACCAAUCACAACAAGGCAAUUGAACUCGCUAAUCAGACUAACACAGGCAAGGGCAAAAGCAGAACUGAGGGAGGAAGCCACCAAAGAAGACGCAGUUGAUGUCGUAGAAAUAAUGAAAGAGACUUUGGUGGAUAUUUUCACUGACAGCAAAGGUGUUAUGGACACCACAAGGUCACAAUGUGGUACCGGCAUGAGCACCAAAAAUCAAGUUAUAAAAUUAUUAAAACUGAUGCAAGCAGCAUCCGAAUCCGAAACAAAAUCGCUUUUUACAACUAACGAAAUCCGCGAGUUGAGUGAAGCAGCAGGGAUCGCUCAGUCCAAGUUUUACACAGUUUUGCAAAGUUUGAACAUUCAAGGUUUCAUUUUAAAUAAAGGCGCCAAUACGUACCAACUGGUCACUGCCGAUUUGUGAUUAUGUAACUAAAUUUUGUAAAUAAAAUUUUCAAAACGCA